UUUUUAUGAAAAUCUCACCCUCAACCAAUCAAUGUAAACGAGGUCAAAACAAAGUCAGCCUCUAUGAUUGAUCCGAGAUGAAAAUCACGUCUUUCAAGCAAUCAAACAUAUACUGUACAGUACUAGCUGGGUGGAGAUAGAGAAGAGUAGGAGUUGAAGAGUGAGGUGUUUGCACUGCAGUGAGUGAGUCUCGAUGGAGUUGAAUUGCAGAAUCACCCUUCUCAUCUUCCUCUCUGCAUCGUUCUUAGCAACAGGAACAGUAGGAUCAUCAUCAUCAGAAGAAGAAGAAGAAGAAGAAGCAAGAAUCAUCUCUCGUUUCCAGCAAUACCUUCAAAUCCAAACCGACCAUCCAAACCCACAAUACACCGAAGCAGCAAAUUUCCUCACAUCGGGAUGCAGUACCUGGAAGCUGUUCGCCGCCUCAAGGCGCGGUCGUUUCAGCCGCUUCGUUCUCUCUACAUCGUCUUCGCUCCUGAUGAGGAGAUUGGCGGAGUUGAUGGUGCUCAGAAGUUUUCUCAAUCUGAAAUUUUUCAGAAGUUGAAUGUGGCCAUAGUGCUUGAUGAAGGAAUAGCGUCGCCAGAUGAGCAUUACAAGGCGUUCUACGCGGAGAGGAGUCCCUGGUGGCUCGUGAUUAAGGCCGUUGGGGCUCCAGGCCAUGGGUCUAAGCUUUAUGAUAACUCUGCCAUGGAGAAUCUCUUGAAGAGUAUUGAGAGCAUUCGGAGGUACCGCGCCUCCCAGUUUGACUUGAUUAAGGCCGGCUUGAAGGCUGAAGGGGAGGUUGUUUCUGUUAAUAUGGUCUUCUUAAAGGCUGGAACUCCAUCUCCAACUGGUUUUGUCAUGAAUUUACAGCCAUCUGAAGCAGAAGCUGGAUUUGAUAUUAGGGUGCCACCAACUGCUGACCCCAAAUCAAUGGAGAGACGCAUUGCUGAAGAAUGGGCACCUACUUGUCGCAAUAUGUCAUUCACUUUCAAACAGAAGGUAUCUGUGCAUGAUGAAAAUGGGAAACCAGUCCUAACCAAAACUGACAGUUCAAAUCCCUGGUGGAAGCUGUUAGAAGACGCUGUCGAAAAGGCUGGUGGGAAACUUGGUAAGCCAGAGAUAUUUCUCGGCUCCACAGAUGCGCGCUAUUUCCGGAAACUUGGAUUACCAGCAAUUGGAUUUUCACCUAUGGCAAACACUCCUAUGCUGCUCCAUGACCACAAUGAGUUUCUGAACAAAGAUGAAUACUUGAAAGGGAUUAAAAUCUAUGAGUCAAUAAUUGAAACAUAUUCAUCAUUCGAUGGUCAUGGAAGACCCAGAGAUGAGUUAUGAGCAAGACUGGCACCUUCCCUGUUCUUAAGUCCUACUUUCAUGUAACAUCAGUUUGUCAGCAUUGAUAAGCUAGUUGAAAGCGACGAGCUAGCUGAUUGAAUAAAAAGUGUUUGGUAUACAUAUGUGCUUAUUUUUUAUAUUAGCAUUACUUUUUUUAAUUUUUUGUCUUUGACCGAUGUUCUACAGUGUAAACAGUUUGAUUUCCUCCUCAUAUACAUAGGAAAGUGAAACAAAAGCCUUUAAUUUUAUUGGGUCCAUAUUCUUGAUGGAUAUAGAAAUUUGUUCAUUGUUCUCCAA